AAUAAAUUUCAAGAAGAAGAAGAAAUAGAAACAGAAAUCUGCUGCGUCACCCCAGUAGUUCGACGUUCAUGGGUUCUCUGAGCUUUUAAUACCGAACGCUAAUCUGUUGCCUUAUAUACGGACCAGAGUCAUUGAGUAGCGGUAGGCAACACUCACAAGCUGUCCGAUGAAGAAAGAAAAUUGUCUGUAGCCUCCAUCGUCUCUGAAUUUCUUUCAAUGAUAAAAACUAGGUCUUUUAAAGACGUCGUUCACAUCGUCGAGAAAAAUCGUAAUUCUCAGUUGGUGAAACGUCUAGAAUCUAGUUUUCUUUGUUACUGUGGUUUAUGUUUAUUUAUCACACUUGCCAAACUGGGUGGGGCUCUGGACGACAAACAGCGGAGAUCGAGCGAAACGAAAUAAAUAAAGUCAUCUCAUCGAUCAGCUUUAUUAAAGUCAGAUUCUGCUCAUCUCUACAAGAACACGAAGAACAUGCUCUUUAUAUUUUUGUUAGUAAUGCACGGAGUGUCUGGUGCAGAGAAAGAUGAAACGUCCGUGUCCGUGACAGAGGGGGAUGCUGUUACUCUACAAACUGGUCUUUCUAAAGUACUGAACGAUGAUACCAUACUAUGGAUGUUUGGACCUAAAGACUCUCUCAUAUGUCAAAUAAGAAGAAAGGAUGAAUUGACUCCAAUUUUUUUCACUGAUGAUGUGGGAUUCAGAGGCAGAUUGCUGGUGGAUCAAAACACUGGUUCUCUCACCAUCAGAAACACCAGAAAAAGACACUCAGGACAAUAUAAAUUAACCAUCUCUAGUGAAAAGACUACGACCAAAAUAUUUAAUGUUACUGUAUUUGUUGUGGUUGGUGAGACAGAUGGAAUGAAGUCAGUAUCAUUAUCAGUCUUGCUGGGAGAUCAUGUCACUCUACCUGCUCAUUCUGAAGCACACAAAGAUGCUCUGAUGCUGUGGAGGUUUGGCGAUAAAGGCAUCCUCCUGGCUAAAAUUGACAUUGAGACCAAUGAGACCUCAUUAAACGAUGCUGAUGAGGGCUUCAGAGAUCGGCUCCAGGUGGAUCAGACCGGAUCUCUGACCAUCAAGAACACCAGAACCACAGACUCUGGACUUUAUGAACUACAGAUCAAAGGCAGUGAGGGUUCACAGCGAUUCCUGGUUUCUGUCAGUGAUCCAGGUCUUUCUUCAGGUGGUAUAGCAGGAAUUGUUGGUGUUGUUGCUCUUGUUGUGAUGCUCCUGACUGGAACCUUUGUGACUUACUAUCACCGCAGAAUCUCUCAUUUAAAAAAGCAAAUUGUCGAAGAGAAGAAGGAGACAGUGACGGAGGGAGAAUCUGUCACUCUACAUGCUGGUCUGACUGAAACACAGGGAGAUAUUACGAUACAGUGGUGCUAUGAAUCUGAAGACAACCUCAUUGCUGAAAUCAGUAAUGGGCACAGAAGGACACUGCCAGGUGCUGAUGGGAGAUUCAGAAGUAAACUGAAGCUGGAUGAGAAGACUGGAGAUCUCAAUAUCAGUAACAUCAGGACCAUUCACUCUGGACUCUAUAAACUCAAGAUCAGCAGCAGCACCAUUGGAACCAAAUACAAGAGAUUCAUUGUUUCCGUCAAUGUGAAGUCAGUGCCAGCGACGGCAGGAGGUUCUGUCAUUCUCCAGACUAAUGCUGAAAUACAAAGUGGUGAUCUAAUAUUGUGGACAUUUGGAGCUGAAAAUCUUCUCGUUAAAGUUAAUUUAGGAAUGACUAGUAUUAGUGAGAGAUUCAGAAACAGACUGGAGCUGGAUGAUCAGACUGGAUCUCUGACGAUUAGAGACAUCACAGAUACAGACUCUGGACAUUUUAAACUACAAAUUAUCAACAGAGAACAGACCACAUUCAGGAGAUUCAAUGUAACGGUCAGUGACCGUGAUGGAAACCAAGUGAAUGAAUCAGUGACUGAAGUGAUGCCGCUGUUGAGUGAAAAUGUUCCUAAUGGAACGAAUGAGCAGGAAGAGACGAGUUCACUUUAAUGAGAUAAGACACGCCCAUCAUUGCCCAAUCACUGUGACAUCAACAUUAGACCUCAACAUACUGUAUCUCUACUUUUCCAUGGUGCCACAAUGAUCCAUGGUGCUACAAUUACCAAAAAGGUCUUUACACUUUUAAGAGUGCAGCUGUACUACACUCUUAAAAAUAGCGACUUAAGACUGCUUUUGUGGUCCAGGGUCACAAAUAUGAUAUUUUUAACAUAAAUCUGAAACAAUUUCAGAUCAUCACAUUGACUGACAUUUUCAGUGUCUCUCUUCAUAUGAUGCAGGUCUUUCUUGGAGUGUUAUAGCAGGAAUAGUUGUUGGUAUUAUUGUUCCUGUUCUGCUGAUCCUGACUGCCUUUGUGAUUUUACUAUCGCCGCAGGAUUUAUGAAUUAAAAAGGCAAAUGGGUAAGUAUAAUAUACUUAACCAUCUCCUCCAAACUUGCUAGGAUUUUCUUUAAACUGUGUACAUUGUAGUAUUUAAUUUGAGUAAUUUGUUUUUCCAUUUCAUUUAAAAUCAAACCACUGACUAGGAUGUUCAUGCUCUGAAGUAAGUUUCGAAUUAGUGAGAUUUUUGAUAUUCAGUGAAUUUCUAUAAAUUCUUGUCAGCACAGAAUCAGUUUAGUCCAUCAUUCCUGGACUAAGUGUCUUGCAACUAUGGCAUUCAAUAAUUUUUGACCUAAUGAAGAGGGAGCAACCGCACACUCACUUAAGCAUAGACUAUUUAUUAACCAAUGUUUCGGCUAGUAGCCUUUUUCAAG